AUGGAUUUGAGACUUGAGCUUCAAGAGUUCAAAGGAAGCUUUGAUAUGGAGAAAGCCGUUUGUAACCAUGGCUUCUUCAUGAUGGCUCCAAACUUGUGGAACCCUAAAACGAAGUCACUAACCCGACCUUUAAGGCUUUCAGAUUCCUCUUCCACCAACGUGACAAUCUCUCAUCAAGCGAGUCAGCCUUUUCUUGAAAUCAAAGUUCACGACAUCGACAACGUCUCGAGAGUUGACGAAGAACUCAUCUUUCAACAAGUGAGAAGGAUGCUAAGAUUAUCAGACAAAGACGAACUUCAAGUGACUGAGUUUCAAAAACUCCAUGAAGGCGCAAAGAAGAGUAAUUUUGGUCGAAUCUUCCGUUCUCCGUCUCUCUUUGAAGAUAUGGUGAAAACUCUUUUGUUGUGUUUUAAUACUUGGGAGAACUCACUACGUAUAGCUUCUCAUCUAUGCAAAUUGCAAUCAAAGCUAGCGGAGAACAGUGAAGACCGGGAACCUAGGAAAGAAAUAGUUGAGAACUUCCCUAGUGCCAAGGAAAUAGCUAGCUUUAAGAAAGAAUUGAUAAGCGAGCAUUGUAAACUUGGUUACAGAGAUAAAUGGAUUCAUAUAUUAGCUAAUAGAAUCGAAAGGGGGUCGCUGAAUCUCCAAAAGAUGGAAAGCGGGGAGAUGGAAGCAGAAGAAAUUGCUAAGAAAGUUUCAAACUUGAAAGGCUUUGGUCUUUUUGCAACUGCAACGGUGCUUAUGUGUAUUGGUCACUACCAUCGUGUGACAUGUGAUACCGAGACUCUCAGACUCUUUGGAGAGCUGCAUGGAAAGGAGAAGUAUUCGAAAAAGACACUAGAGAAACAAGCACAAUCACUCUACCAUAGAUUCUCUCCAUUUCAGUGUUUAGCUUAUUGGUUUGAUUUAAUCCGAAACUAUGAAGAAAAACUUGGCAAGCUUAGCGAGUUGGAUCCGUGUGAGUACAUCAAGGUUAGCGGAUGCUCUAAAAAGCAAAGGGUCGAUGCUUCUGCUGAACCGGAUCGUAUCAAGACAAAGGUGUGUAAGCCAAAAAAGCGUAAACCAACGAAAUUCAUAGCAGAAUUGAUGAAGACGAAACCGUCUAAGAAAAAAGAGCCUAGAAAAGAUUAUACAUGUUCUCUAUGUAAACAAGCUGGUCAUAGCUGCAGGACAUGUCCGGUUUUAAAUGCUUGA